AUGGCCAAUGGCAGCGGCGGCGGCGGAGGAGGCGGCGGCGGCGGUGGCGGCGGCGGCUCCAGCAGCAGCAGCAGCAGCAACUACUACUCGGGAGGAGGCGGCGGCGGCGGCGGGAACAGUAGGAUGAGCAGCCCCCUCGGCCCCGGCGGCGGCGGCGGCGGCGGCGGCCUGAACGCGGACUCCUCCUCGGCGCCCGCCAAGGCGCUCAUCAUCCCCAUGACCAUGGAGGUGCCCUGCGACACCGGGCAGCGCAUGUGGUGGGCCUUCCUCGCCUCGUCCAUGGUCACUUUCUUCGGGGGGCUCUUUAUCAUCCUGCUCUGGAGGACCCUCAAGUACCUGUGGACCGUCUGCUGCCACUGUGGGGGCAAGGAGAAGGAGGUCCAAAAGAUAACUGCCCCUCCAGAGACCCAAGCUGAUGGGGACUUGAAACCCACAGACGAGAAAGAAGAAACUGUGCCAGCAGUUGAAGUGGGGUGGAUGACUUCUGUUAAAGACUGGGCAGGGGUCAUGAUUUCGGCCCAGACCUUAACUGGCAGAGUCCUUGUUGUCUUAGUCUUCGCUCUUAGUAUUGGUGCUCUUGUAAUAUACUUCAUAGAUUCGUCAAACCCAAUAGAAUCUUGCCAGAAUUUCUAUAAAGAUUUCACGUUACAGAUCGACAUGGCUUUCAACGUGUUCUUCCUACUCUACUUUGGCUUGCGGUUCAUAGCAGCCAACGACAAGCUGUGGUUCUGGCUGGAAGUAAACUCAGUGGUAGAUUUCUUCACGGUCCCUCCAGUAUUCGUUUCGGUGUAUUUAAACAGGAGCUGGCUGGGUUUAAGAUUUUUACGAGCGCUUAGGCUGAUACAGUUCUCAGAAAUUUUGCAGUUUCUGAAUAUCCUUAAAACAAGUAAUUCCAUCAAGCUGGUGAAUCUGUGCUCUAUAUUUAUCAGCACAUGGCUGACAGCAGCUGGAUUUAUACAUUUGGUGGAGAACUCAGGGGAUCCAUGGGAAGACUUCAGAAACAACCAAGCGCUUACCUAUUGGGAAUGUGUCUAUUUGCUGAUGGUUACAAUGUCCACUGUUGGUUACGGAGACGUUUAUGCAAAAACAACCCUUGGUCGCCUUUUCAUGGUCUUCUUCAUCCUCGGUGGAUUGGCCAUGUUUGCCAGCUACGUCCCCGAAAUCAUAGAGUUAAUAGGAAACCGCAAGAAAUAUGGUGGUUCCUAUAGUGCGGUUAGUGGAAGAAAGCACAUAGUUGUCUGUGGUCACAUCACAUUGGAAAGUGUCUCCAACUUCCUGAAGGACUUCCUACACAAGGACAGGGAUGAUGUCAACGUAGAGAUCGUCUUUCUGCAUAAUAUCUCCCCUAACCUUGAGUUGGAAGCUCUUUUUAAACGGCACUUCACUCAGGUGGAAUUCUUUCAGGGCUCAGUUCUCAAUCCGCAUGACCUGGCGAGAGUAAAGAUAGAGUCAGCAGACGCGUGCCUAAUCCUUGCCAACAAAUACUGCCCGGACCCAGACGCAGAAGAUGCCUCCAAUAUUAUGAGAGUAAUUUCCAUCAAGAAUUACCAUCCAAAAAUAAGAAUAAUCACCCAGAUGCUGCAGUAUCACAACAAGGCCCACCUGCUCAAUAUCCCAAGCUGGAACUGGAAAGAAGGGGAUGACGCAAUAUGCCUUGCGGAGCUGAAGCUGGGCUUCAUCGCCCAGAGCUGCCUGGCCCCAGGCCUGUCCACCAUGCUGGCCAACCUCUUCUCCAUGAGGUCAUUCAUAAAGAUUGAGGAGGAUACAUGGCAGAAAUACUACCUGGAAGGAGUCGCAAAUGAAAUGUAUACAGAGUAUCUUUCUAGUGCCUUUGUCGGUUUGUCCUUCCCUGCUGUUUGUGAACUUGUCUUUGCGAAGCUGAGGCUCUUAAUGAUAGCCAUAGAAUAUAAGUCGGAGAAACGGGAAAGCAGUAUAUUAAUCAAUCCUGGAAACCAAGUGAAGAUUCAAGAGGGUACCUUAGGAUUCUUCAUUGCAAGCGAUGCCAAAGAAGUAAAAAGGGCAUUUUUUUACUGCAAGGCCUGUCACGAUGACAUCACAGAUCCCAAAAGGAUAAAAAAGUGCGGCUGCAAACGACUGAUCUAUUCCCAGACGUCCAUCUGCAAGAGACUCAAACUGGCAUGUUGUCUUGGUUGUGGACGCUCUGAGCGUGACUGCCCCUGCAUGCCAGGCCCCGUGCCCAGUCACCUGGACACCCUUGAGAGCGCCUGCCCACUUUCUUCUGUCUCUGUUAAUGAUUGCUCCACCACCUUACGUGCCUUUGAAGAUGAGCAGCCCUCGACGCUGUCGCCCAAAAAGAAGCAGCGAAAUGGAGGCAUGAGGAAUUCGCCCAACUCCUCGCCCAAGAUGAUGAGACAUGACCCCUUAUUGAUACCUGGCAAUGAACAAGUCGACAAUAUGGAUUGCAGCGUGAAAAAAUACGACUCCACAGGCAUGUUUCAUUGGUGUACAGGCAAGGAUAUCGAAAAGGUUAUUUUGACCCGAAGCGAAGCGGCCAUGACAGUGUUAAGCGGACACGUGGUCGUUUGCAUAUUUGGGGAUGUGACAUCAGCCCUGAUCGGAUUGCGAAACUUUGUGAUGCCGCUGCGAGCUAGCAACUUCCACUAUCACGAGCUGAAGCACAUUGUGUUUGUGGGCUCUCUCGAAUACCUGAGGAGAGAAUGGGAGACGCUGCAUAAUUUCCCCAAGAUCUCCAUCUUGCCCGGUACACCAUUAAGUCGAGCUGAUUUAAGGGCUGUCAACAUCAACCUCUGCGACAUGUGCGUAAUCCUGUCAGCCAAUCAGAAUAAUAUUGAUGAUUCCUCACUGCAGGACAAGGAAUGCAUCUUGGCGUCACUCAACAUCAAGUCUAUGCAGUUUGAUGACAGCAUCGGGGUCUUGCAGGCUAAUUCCCAAGGGUUUACUCCACCAGGGAUGGACAGAACAUCCCCAGACAACAGCCCAGUCCACGGCCUCCUCCGUCAGCCCUCCAUCACAACGGGGGUUAAUAUCCCGAUUAUAACAGAAUUAGUGAAUGAUUCAAAUGUUCAGUUUUUGGACCAAGAUGACGAUGACGACCCUGACACCGAACUGUACCUCACACAGCCCUUUGCGUGUGGAACUGCAUUUGCCGUCAGCGUACUGGACUCUCUCAUGAGCGCAACAUACUUCAACGACAAUAUCCUCACGCUGAUACGUACGUUGGUAACGGGAGGAGCCACGCCGGAGCUGGAAGCGCUGAUCGCUGAGGAGAACGCACUGAGGGGGGGCUACAGCACGCCCCAGACCCUCGCCAACAGGGACCGGUGUCGGGUGGCUCAGCUGGCGUUGCUAGACGGGCCGUUUGCGGACCUUGGAGAUGGUGGUUGUUACGGAGAUCUGUUUUGUAAAGCUCUGAAAACCUACAAUAUGCUUUGCUUUGGAAUAUACCGAUUGAGAGAUUUCCAUCAAAAUAGUCCUAGCCAAUGCACCAAGCGUUUUGUUAUAGCCAACCCACCUUACGAAUUUGAGCUUGUGCCGACGGACUUGAUUUUCUGUUUGAUGCAGUUUGACCACAAUGCUGGCCAGUCCCGGGCCAGCCUCUCCCAUUCUUCCCACUCGUCCUACGCUUCCAGCAAGAAGAGCGCGUCCAUCCACUCCAUCCCGUCCACCACGAACCGACAGAACCGUGCAAAGACCAGGGACUCUCGGGAAAAGCAGAAUGCGACAAGGAUGAAUAGAAUGGGCCAAGAAAAGAAAUGGUUUACAGAUGAGCCGGAUAAUGCCUAUCCCAGAAACAUUCAAAUCAAGCCAAUGAGUACACACAUGGCUAAUCAGAUCAACCAGUAUAAGUCUACAAGCAGCUUGAUACCACCAAUCAGAGAAGUUGAAGAUGAAUGUUGACUUACAGAAGGCCAGAACUUAUAUAUAUUUUUAAUAAGCCUGACAGACUUCAUGAAUGGUGAUGUGACACUUAUUCUUUUCAUGCUCAACCACUGGUGGAAAAAGAGUUUGCUUGAAAAGCAAAGUAGACAGAUCUUUGUUUGUCUGCCUUUAAUAUUUUGCUUCCAUAUAUUUUGGAAACUGUUUCAUUUAUUAAAAA